UCAGCUGCCUGACUGCCAUCAGACAGCCACCCAUCAUGGAGAGAGCAGUGGUGCAAAUCACCCUCUUUGGGCUGCUGCUGGCUUUGGUUACCUCACUGCCAAACAAGGAUGACUGGGACAUCUACAGCUUUCACAUCAACUCCACAGCGAGCAGUCGUUAUGCAACCACUGUCAUCUCAAGCCGUGUGGCAAAUCGUAUGAACGAGUCAAAGGAAAUAGAAUUCCAAGUCCGCAUUCCCAAGAACGCCUUCAUCAGUAAAUUCAGAAUGUUUAUAGAUGGCCAAGUGUACGAUGGCGUUGUGAAAGGUAAAGAGAAAGCUCAGGAGCAGUACACUGAGGCUGUGUCCCGUGGCCAAAGCGCUGGGAUCGUCAGUUCUGUAGGGAGAACCCUCGAGGAAUUUAAGACCUCUGUGAACGUGGCUGCUCACAAAAAGGUCACGUUUGAACUCACGUAUGAGGAACUGCUGAAACGCAGGCUCGGCAAGUACGAGCUACAAAUCCAUGCUCGACCUAUGCAGCCUGUCAAAGACUUCAAGAUUGAUGUGCACCUUAUUGAGGAGACGGGCAUAAAUUUCAUUGAAAUUAAAGGAGGACUAAGCACCGGCGCCCUGACUAAUGCCAUCACCAUAACCCAUGCAGACAAAGAGUCGUGGGUGUAUCUCUACCCGACAGAGGAUCAACAGAAAGUAUGUCACAGCUGUGGAGAGCAAGGCAUGAAUGGAGAACUGGUUAUUGUUUAUGAUGUCAACAGGGACACCUCACUGGGACACAUCAAGACAUCAGAUGGGUACUUUGUUCAUCACUUUGCUCCGUCUAGUCUUGCCCGCAUACCAAAAAAUGUCGUCUUCCUUAUUGAUAAAAGUGGCUCAAUGCACGGCAAAAAAAUACAGCAGACACGAAUAGCCUUAAUCCACAUCUUGAAUGACCUGGCAGAGGAGGAUUACUUUGGUCUAAUCGUUUUUGAAGGCAACAUUUUUCACUGGAAACGAGAACUUGUUCGGGCCAACAAGCAAAACCUGGAGACUGCCAAGACAUUUGCGCAGGGUAUUGAAGCUAGCGGAGGUACAAAUAUUAACGAUGCCGUGUUGGAAGGAGCACGUAUGCUGAAUUCACAUCCCAGAGAAGGUUCAGCAUCUAUUCUUAUACUUCUCACCGAUGGAGACCCGACAUCAGGGGUUACAAACCUGGAAGUAAUCCAGUCAAAUGUCAGAGGGGCUAUUGCAGACAAAUUCCCACUCUACUGUCUUGGUUUUGGUUUCGAUGUCUAUUUUGAGUUUCUUGAAAAGAUGUCGCUGCAGAACAACGGUGUGGCACGGCGGAUUUAUGAGGACUCUGACGCUAAUUUACAACUGACGGGUUUCUAUGAAGAGGUGGCCACUCCUCUGUUGACAGAUGUGACAAUGAUCUACAAUGGCGGGACCAAUCUAACCAAGACUAACUUCAGCCAGUAUUAUAACGGCUCUGAGAUCGUGGUGGCUGGUCAGAUCACGGACAACGACAUUGAAAGCUUCACCCCACAAGUUUUGGCCAUUUCGAGGAAUAGAAAAUUGACGUUUUCUGAAACAAACACCACUGUGAAGUCAACUGGCACUGUGUCUGACAGACGCAUCCAAAGAAUUUGGGCCUACCUAACAGUCAAACAGCUUCUGGAGAAAGAGCUGCUGUUAUCUGGACCUGAGAAGGAGAACGUGAAGAAAGAGGCCUUGGAGCUGUCACUGAAGUAUGGCUUUGUGACCCCACUCACAUCUAUGGUGGUCACCAAGCCCCAGGGGGAGAGCACAGAUGUGCUCAAUAAACCCAAGGAAGGUGAAACACCGACGGCACAAUUACUUCCUGGACAACAUCCUCCCAUGCUGUAUCAUCAAGCUAUAGGAAAAGCCGAUGCGACACAAUUCCGAGGCGGACACAUCAGUUUUACGCUAACAGGCCCCCCUGGUCAGGCAAUAAUUCCUAUAAUAGGCUCAUACGGUGGGGUGGCAGUAAUGCCAGAUUUGCCGGUCUUGAUCCCUGUCUUAGACAUCAUGACAUCAAAUGUUCCAGUACAAGCAACACAUGCUCCUGUUUCCCACAGGUUUUUGAUAAAAACUGAGAGCCAGUCUCUUCCUCUGUGCUUUGAUGUCACUGGAGGCCUUCGCCUUAAACUAUUUCAUGAUCCUGACAGAGAGCUGACUGUGAAUGGCGAGCUUGAUUCAGUAGCAUAUGGGGGCUUCAGAAAGAUUGCCAUCCACGUCAAGACAGACCUGUAUGUUGAGAUUGACACCAGUGGAAUCACUGUACGAGAGGGACAGACUCUGAUACGAUACAGUGGACAGGACCUCGUCUUGGCUGGAAGAUUGACAAUGACUAGGCGGGGGUCGGAAAUAGAUGUUGAGACUGGAGGCACACGCAUAGUCAUCUUAAUUCACAUGAAGGAUGGUCAAGAAUUCUUGUGGCCAGUUUUAAGACAGCAGCCAUCGGACACCAGUGAAGGAAUUUUAGCUCUAAAGCCAGCAGUUUAUGAGGAGGUGCAACAAAGCCCCUUAACCAAAGUUAAGAUACAAGACCAGGAGACUGAUGUUACCAGGUCCAAUGCUGUUGACUACAGUAUUGUCUCUCAUCCGACACUGGAUUGCUGGCUCAUGUCUGCUGAGUCUGCCCUGCAGAGACGCCUGGAUGAUUUCACUGUUACACAACUUUAACUGGAAACUAUGAUGAAUCAUUUGCAAAGAUUUCAUUCAAAAGAAAAAUAAAGCCAACACUGAUUCAUUACGGAAAAAGACUUUCCACCAGUUACUAGAAUAAACAAAUCAAAUCCCA